AACCGAGAAAAGGGCUCGUCUCGCCCGGGGUUUUUUUCCCCCCCUCUCGCCCUUUUUUACUACGCGGCCGCGGGGAGAGCGGCGGGGCCGGGCGGCCGUCGGGGGGACAGCGCGGAGCUAGGGCCGCGGAGGGAGGGAGGGACGGACGGAAGGAGGGAGGGAGGGAGGGCAGCAGCACUCCCUGCCCGCCUGCCUGCCUGCUGCACGCUCCCUGCGCGCCCCCUGCGCGCUCCCCGCCCGCCUGCGCGCUCCCCCGUGCGGCUCUAGACCCGCCCGGGCUCCUCGACGGCGGCCGUCGGGGCUGCGGCGCCUGGGGCAGAGCCUCUCCGCCGCUCCUCCGAGGGCGAGCGGGGCGGCGCGGAGAGAGGAGGAGAAGCUGCGAGCGCCGAGAGGUGAAAGGCGGAGAGCAGGAGGAGGAGAAGGAGGAGGAGGAAGGGGGAGCAGCGAGAAAAACAAGCGCCGACAGAAGAAAGAGGCCGGGGGGAGAUGUCAAACGUACGCAUUUCUAAUGGGAGCCCUACCCUGGAGCGCAUGGAAGCCCGGCAGUCGGAGUACCCGAAGCCGUCAGCCUGCAGGAACCUCUUCGGGCCGGUGAACCACGAAGAGUUAAACAGGGACUUGAAGAAGCACCGCAAGGAGAUGGAGGAGGCAUGCCAGAGGAAGUGGAAUUUCGAUUUCCAGAAUCACAAGCCGCUGGAAGGCAGGUACGAGUGGCAAGCCGUGGAGAAGGGGAGCUCGCCCGAAUUCUACUUCAGACCCCCGAGGCUACUCAAAGCUGUCUGCAAGUCCGCUGGCCACCAGAGCCUGGAUGUAAACGGGAAUUGCCAAACCGUGAUUUUUGUCGGUUCUCAGGGAAUCUCAGAGGACACUCACUGUGUAGAUCAAAAGACUGCUCUUUCUGAAAAGCAGACGGACUUUGCAGAGCAGUGCACUGGGCAGAGGAAAAGACCUGCCACCGACGAUUCCUCUCCUCAAAAUAAAAGAGCCAACACAACAGAAGAAGAGGUUUCAGAAGACUCCCCCAGUGCCAGUUCAGUGGAGCAAACACCCAAGAAAUCAAGCCCGAGAAGACAUCAAACGUAAACCGUUUAGAGCAGAGAAGGCGCGGUUCCUUGUUCAUCGGGUGCCUCGGGAGUCGGUGAAGUGAGGAAGACGUAAAGGCGUAGCAGAGAGGAGGAUACAUAUCGUCGAGCUCCAUGGGAUGGAGGUCCUGUACAAGCACUGAAAAAACAACAACAGAAAGCAAGACAAAAAAAAAAAAAGGCAAACAAUAACACUAAAAUUUUAGGCACUCUUAAAAGACCUGCCUCUAAAAGCAUUGGAUGUAGCAUUGUGCAAUUAGGUGUUUCCUUAUUUGCUUCAUUGUACUACCUGUGUAUAUAGUUUUUACCUUAUGUAGCACAUAAACGUUAUUGGGUGGGGGGAGGGAGUGGAAGAGGGCGACUGAUUGGAACUUGCUUUCACAAUCUAGCAAGCAAAGAAAUGUAUGAAGAGGAGCAGUGUAGGCUUUUUAUUACUUAAAGAUGUAUUGUCCCUUUAAGUGGGUCCACCGCCGCUUUUUUUCCUUUUUUUUUUCUUUUCCCUGAAUGUACCAUCGUGGUAACGCUGCUUACAGCAGAUUGUUACAGGCCGCUUGUGAAACUUCUUCCUACGUUAAGCUGAAGAGGUGGGAGCUGCGAUGAUUCCGUUAUGUGGUAGCAAAGGUUUCCCUUCCACCGACCUCAAGUCCCUGAGAGCAAAUUUGAAUGCCUGUAAACUCCUGGAAAUUCAUCCUGUUUGUUACAUCGCCUGUUUUUUUUUUAAUUAUUAUUUUUUUGAAACUAAUAUGGAGGGCUUUUGCUCUGAAUCUAGAAUGUUGUUGUUUCCUGAUCUGACCCACUUCCCAAAGUGCUUGUGUGUGAGGGAAAGGGAUACUACAUCUUUAAACAGUAUUUCUACAUUGCCUGUGUACCUGUAUGUAAAAAUAAAAGGAAAGUUUGAAGUGUACUUGUGUACAUAACUCUGUAAAGACACUGAGAAAUUAUACUAACUUAUUUAUGUUAAAAGAUUUUUUUUUUAAUCUAGAAGACAAUAUUUUUCCCCAUAAAGCCAAAGUGGCAUGUUUUUGUGCAUUUGUAAAUGCUCUAUUUGGUAGACUUUUUAGUUGUUUUUUUUUUUUUUCUCUCCUUUUUUUUUUUUCCCUGGUAAUUAAUAUGGCUAUGCUUAAAGGAUUGCAGACUGAGCCAAUUUAAUAUUUUUUUUUGUAAUGUGUGGGAAAAAAAAAUCCAGAUUGAUACUGUUUCACAUCGAGCAAUCAAUAAAGAAAACUGCCAUAUAUAA